AUGACACAAUACGCACAUUUACUCGCUACAAACUACAAGCAACUCAUCGCUGAUUACCUCGCCGAAGACGUCCCAUCUUUUGAUUACGGAGGCUUCGUUGUCGGUGAAGAUGAUCAGGUAGCCAUCCUCUACUGCAAGGCCGAAGGUGUCGUUGCCGGUGUGCCAUUCUUUGAUGAAGUGUUCAAGCAGCUUGAUUGCAGAGUUGAAUGGACAUGCAAGGAGGGAGAUUGGCUCAAGCCUGAUGGUAAGCAAGAGGUUGCCCGAGUUUAUGGCUGUGCUCGCAAUAUCUUAUUGGGCGAACGCACUGCUUUGAACAUCAUUUGUCGCUGCAGUGGCAUUGCUUUAAGAGCCCGCAUGGUCAGUGAUUUACAAAAAGCCAAGGGAUUCAAGGGUGUCAUUGCUGCUACCCGCAAAACUACCCCAGGUUUUAGAUUGGUCGAGAAAUACGGUGUUCUUGUGGGUGGUUUAGAUACUCACCGCAUGGAUCUUUCUUCUAUGGUGAUGCUCAAGGACAAUCACAUCUGGAGCUCAGGAUCAAUUACAAAGGCCGUUCAUAAUGCUCGCAGCGUGUGUGGUUUCGCUCUCAAGAUUGAGGUUGAAUGUCAAUCCGAGGAAGAAGCAGAUGAGGCUCUUGCUGCUGGUGCUGAUAUUGUCAUGCUGGAUAACUUUACUGGUGAAGGUUUGAAGGCUGCUGCAAAGAGCAUCAAGGAGCGUUGGGCUGCAAAGGGAAAGAACCACUUUUUGGUCGAGAGCAGUGGUGGCAUCACCUAUGAAACCUGUGCUGAAUACUUUUGUGAAGACAUUGAUGUCCUUAGUAUGAGUACCAUCACUCAAGGUGUUCCUCAUGUUGAUUUCUCAUUGAAGAUCAGCAAGAAACAAUGA